ACUCGCAUUUCACAUGGAGAAAUGUGACAAGGCAGUUGAUCGGCAGGGAUUUGUCAUGGACCAUCCUGCUGGGUCAGGCUGGCUGUGCCUCCCCGGUGCCCGUUUGUUGUCCCGAUGGCACGCGGCGUUUGUGAGAUGCGGGCUCUUGUCAGGGCAGGCAGGCAGCCAGCGGGCUAUAUUUAGCUACAGCGACAAAACAGGCAGCAGAAUCAGCUGACUGGAGGCAGGGAGCCUGAUGCAUGGUUUAGUUGUAGACAGCACAUACUCUGUACUGAAAACAGGGAGGGACACAGCAGGGGAGAGACGUGGGAGCCAGGGGAGCCGAAAGCCACCCAUCCCUCCGCACCAGCAUCAGUGCAGCCAUGGCACCCCGGAUAAGAUUGAGUCUUUCAAAGCCUCUCCCAACCAUACGUGAAACCCACGAGGAGGCGAUGGAAGAUUCAAGCAGCAACCCGAAGCGCACUGGAAGUGCUGCAGCCAGCUCAGACUCAUACUCCAGUGACGAUUACAUCCAGUCCAUUUGCCACCUUGCCAGACCCACCUUCCUGGGCCUUCCUGAAAGCAGCCAUAAGGAUCAGGACAGAAAGACCCUGAAGACCAUUGAAGACAUGUCAUGGUCUCCAUCCCUCGGGAGGAUGCAGCAGGAAAUGUCAAAAUGUAAACUGACCAAUUUAAUCUCAAAUGUGGUGCCGCUGGGAAAGGUUGUUCCUGCAGAAACCGAAUUCUGGUCCAGAGAGGACCCCCUGGCACAGAUCUAUACCCAUGCAGGAAGGCUCUGCUCCUCCAAGGCUUCUUUGUACACUAAAAACUCCAGCACUGGAUACUCACAGUGCAACUCUUCCACCCCAAACAGUGAACUUCAUCCCCCAAUCAUGAAAGAAAAAGCCACAGGGAAACCCACUUUUCCACGAGUGUUCAGUUUUCCAAGGCUUCCCUCCCCAAGACCAGCGCAGAAAGAAUCAACCUGCUCUGAGCUGAAGUACCUCAGAAAAGAUGAGGGAACAGUUUUAGGGAGUAGCCACAGUCAGAAAGAAAACGGCCCCGUGUUCAUCAAUGGUGAAGAGCUAUCACCAUCGUCAGCCAGAGGGAAGCUGGUAGGAAACCCAGCCUUGCACUGGUCUGUCAGAAGCUGUUUGUUCAAUACAACAGGCACCAAUGAACAAGAAGGGAGAGAAACGUCUCACUGUGACAACAAAAAUGUAGUGGGUGAUGUACCCACUAAGCAGAGAUACUCCGAGUGUUUCCGAGUACCUAAAAAAGCCAUGAUCCGUAACUGGAUUUCAGAGCACAGAUGCAUCUGGAAAGAAGCAAAGGUGAAAGCGUGUUUGCUCCCAGCCAUUGCUGAAGUGUGAAGAAGCAGCUGCUCAGAAUAAUUCUAUUCACAAGAUAUAACCACCCUGUGCUCUAGAAGCUCUCCCUGGAGUCCUUACACAGAAAACAUGGCUUGAAUGUGCAUGCAAGUCAGGCAGACCUUUGUGACCCCUUGUAUCCCUCAGCAGUGGGCAAAGGGAUGAUUCAGAGUCUCAUCCACUAAGGAAACAGCAAUUAGUUCUCAUUUUGGAAAGGCAACAGUCCAUAAAGCAUCUCCCCCCACCUAUUGCCUAGAACUGCCCUGAGCAUGAAGAAAAGCUGGAGAGAGUACAAAGCCCAUCUGUUCUGGAGGAAAAGUGAUUUUCAGGAACAUCAAACUCCUGGUGUUUUCCAGCAAAUGCCAAAGAGCCAGAUGUAGCUCACACUUGGGUACUGUUAUUUUGAAAGGAACAUUUUGACCGACACUUGGACAGUACUAAACAUGCUCUCUCUGACAUAGACAUUUACUAGGAGACUCAUUAUAGAUCAAUGUGUCAACACCAGAAUACCGCUGGGUAGGUCACCUGUUAGUGCAGUAGCAUAAAGAAAUAGUUUUUAAAAGCCAUAAGAAGUCUUUUGUGAGGAUUUGCUAGAGGGCAACAUGGAGAAUAUCACAGCUCCUCCAGGUGGGGAUUUUCCUGUUGCUUACCCUGGCACAACCCUGUUACCUUUACUCCUUGAUGUACCCUUCAGUGAGGAGCACUGGGUGGGCAUUGCCGUGCCAGCGCUGUGGCUUGUGCUGGAGCUGUAUCAACCUAUGAUGCCAGCUGUAAAACAGGUAUCCCGCUGGUCCCUGCACUGUCACAUCUGCACCAAGUGUGGUGUUAUGAGCACCAGGUCAUCCCUUGCUGCCGGACUUUGCUGUUCAGACAAACUGUCUCUCAUUGGUGCUUUCUCCUGCAGUCAGAGCAUCCUCAUGCACCUGUGUUUGGUACCACACUCUGUAGUCAGCCAAAAGAAGUAGGUGAGAAAACUGCAAAGCAAUACUAGAUUAAUUAUUACUACUACUACUAGGAAUAACUCUUUUGGCACAGAGGAGAGCACAGGGACCAGGCUGUUUGUUCACCAGCAGCUAAGAUGGGAAAUACCAUUGGAAAGCUGCAAUUAUGAAAAUGCUCACAAGCGAUUUCUAAACCACCCUCAAGCAGAUUAAAUCAGAAGGCAACUUCUGCUCAGUACCAACAGGAGGGCAAAUAUGCCCGAGGAUCUAAAGGUGAGCAUAUUUGAGCUUCUCAUUCUCACAUCUCUUACCUCAAAUAGCUUUUCUCCUUUUGAAACUCAUUAGCAUGAACUGCUUCUCAUCUUGGUUUUUGAACUAACCACAUAGCAAGAACAAAAGUGAAGGUGGCUCCAGCAUCUAUUAAGAGCCGAUGGAGAGAGUUGGAUCGAGGAGGUACCAGCCUGCUCUGCCUCCUCCACGUCUUUCCCUUCCUUCUCAGGUUAAGGCUGGGAUUCAAGUGAUGCUUGUCCUCAUUGCCCUGCUGACAUUUUAAUUUCUCUCCACGUGAAUAUUUAUGACACUAAUGCCUUGUCUUGUGCCUUGAGCUGCAUGUACCCCUGCUUUUGACAGAGAAAACAAAUAAAAUCAUUACAUCCAA